CGCCAGUGCGCACCGCAGCACCACUCUCCACCUCACUUUUCGGACUUUUGCCACGCCAAAGAGCACCUGCAGGGCCCACGGAUAUAUAAGAGGGGAAACCAAGAGUGGGGAGCAGUGGGCAGCGCUGUCCGACCGGACAUUUGAGAGGUGGACAGAAGCUGCCGGCCGGAAGGGCGGACGGAGCGCAGCGCACCAUGGCCUCAAAGGAGAACUCAGCGGCCGGCUUCGUCAGCGUGAGCAGAGAAAUCUCAGAGAGCAUCAGGAAGGUGCUGGACAAACAGCCCAUUAAAUUCGUGCGGGCAAUCAAGCAGGAGACAAGAGGCGGCAAAUCUGAAGACAGAAUCCUGGUCCUGGGAACAUGGAGACUGUAUCUCUUCGCUGUCAAAGUGCCCACCAAGGUGGAGACCACCUUCAACUUUUUGGAAAUCAGAGCAAUGAACACAUACCCAGACCACCAGGUGGUCAUCGAUACAGACAAGACCACCUACACUCUGAGGCUUCAGACCCAGGACCAACUGGUUCACAUGGUCAGCCACAUCAACUACGCCCUCUCUCGGGUCUUCAACAACUCAAUUUAUGCUCCUCCUAUUUGUCGAGCAGAGGGAGACCUCCCUGAUGGCAGCCAUAAGUUUUCACCCAGCUCGGAAUCAUCUUUAGAGCCUCCUAAAACCUGUGGUGGUUUUUCUGAGACAUAUGCUGCUCUAUGUGACUACAACGGAAUUGGCUGCAAAGAAGAAGUGCAAUGGGAUGUUGACACAAUCUACCACUCUCAGGACAACCGGGAGUUCAACCUAAUGGACUUCAGCCAUCUUGACAGCAGGGACUUGGCAGUGAUUGUUGCCUCCAUUGCCUACAACACCUGGUUCACCAAGCUGUACUGCAAAGACAUGCGCAUAGGGUCAGAGGUGGUGGACCAGAUUCUGCACACAGUCAGCAAAUCCAAUAGUCUGGAGGAGCUGACACUGGAGAACGCUGGACUUAAAGCGGAUUUUCCACAGAAGAUGGCGUCGGCUUUAUCAGAGAACCCAGCCUCCGUGAUUCACUCCCUCAAUCUGGCUCAUAACACACUUGACAACCAAGGAGUCUCCAACCUAAUUCAACAAGUCUGCCGGCUCAACAAAGGCUUACGCCUCCUCAAUCUCUCCAAGACUUCUCUCUCCUCCAAAGGUGUUGUUUCUUUGUCCCAGGCCCUUUGUUCAAGUGAUGACUACUCAAAUUCUCUUCUGCACCUGGACCUCAGCAAGAACCCUGGCGUUCUGUCAGGAGAGGAUGCCACAAACCUGUACCUCUUCUUGGCCCAGCCCAACUGCCUGGUCCAUUUGGACCUUUCAGGAACUGACUGCACUGUUGACUUGUUAUUUGGGGCCUUGCUGCGGGGCUGCUGCGCUGACCUCUCCUACUUGAAUCUGUCCAAGAACUCCUUCUCUCACAGGAGAGGGAGAGACUCUCUGCCGACUUUCCGGCAGUUCUUCAGCUCGGCCUUCAGCUUGACCCAUGUCAGCAUGGCCUCCAUGAAGUUCCCUCCGGAUUCACUCAGAGCUCUGUUUCUGGGUUUGUCCAACAAUCCGCAUAUCUCCGACUUACACCUGGACAUCAGCAGCUGUGAGCUGAGGUCAGCAGGUGCCGCCGUGAUUCAGGAACUUUUUCCUCGUGUUGCAAGUGUGGGGACUUUAGACAUCUCAGACAAUGGUUUGGAUGCAGACUUGCUGGCUGUUAUUCCGGCAUUCUCCCGCCACCCCUCCCUCAAACAUCUGAUGUUGGGGAAAAACUUCAACAUCAAGGGCAGGGUGCUGGAUGAAAUUCUGCAGAAACUGGUUCAUUUGGUUCAAGAAGAAGAGUGUGCUCUACAGUCCCUCUCCCUGGCUGACUCAAGGCUUCGCCACCGCGGAACAGUCCUUGUCAACGCUCUGGGCUCCAACGCCUGCCUACGGAAGGUGGAUCUGAGCGGCAACCUCUUUGAGGACUCUGGAGCCAAGAUGUUGAGCAAGGCUCUGCAGAUCAAUACGACUCUCAGGAGCGUGACGUGGGACCGCAACAACACCACCGGAGUGGGCUUCCAAGAUGUGGCGAGGGCGCUGGAGCACAACUUCACGCUGCAGUAUAUGCCCCUCCCACUUUGUGACAUCGCUCAGGCAUAUCGCGGCGCCCCAGAAAAGACGGAACAAGCCUUGGCCAAGAUCCAGCGUGCACUGCUCAGGAACAACCAGACUCAGCGUUUCUCUCAGAAGCAGGCCCUCAGGCUUCACCAGGGCCUCGUUACCAGCACCGCUGAGCAGGUUAUGGAGCGUCUGUGUGUGAGGGUGCAGCAACAGCUAUGUGUCCUGAAAGGUUGUGAAGACGGAGACGAGGUCCAGACAGCAAGACAAAUCCUCAAAGAGGCCAGGAACUCAAGAGCUCUGUACCCAUCCCUGUGCGAGCUGGCCCACGUCCUGUCAGUGGAUGGUCCCGUCAAACAGCGCCUGGACACGCUAGCUGGAGAGCUGGCCAAGGCUGCAGACAAAGAGCUGCAGGUGGUGGUGGAUUCUAUGGUGUCUCUCUGUCGAGAGUUGUGUCCCAUGUCUUGCUCGGCUGCAGAGAGACUCAGCCCCCCUCUGUCCUCCAUCUCCGAACAAGUUUCCAUUCCUCGUUCAGCCAUCCGCAGCGCUUUGAUGGAGAGAGCAGCUGAAGAUAUCAACCAAGCCCUGGAGGAGGUGAAACUCUCGGUGGUCUCCUAUCUGACUAACUCUAUCGUCGAUCAGAUCCUACAAGAGCUCUACACCACCCAUAAAACACUGCUGCGACAGGUUUCUCAGGCAAAACGUUGGGAUGAUGUGGGGACUGGUAGAAGAUCUGUCAGACAUUCCAGACUUGUUGAAGCGUUGGAGUUCCCUGAUGAGGAAUUUGGAGUGAACCUGGGAAUAGAUACCAUGGCUAUAAAGAAGCGAAGCUCCAGAACUAGAAGAAUUCGUCCUGUCUCCACCAGAAUGAGUUUAGGGGAUGAACCCAGUCCCUCUCCGACUCCUUCUGCUCCUUCCCACUCAGCUUCUCUGACUCAUUCCGCAUCUUGGGAAUGCCUUUCCACUCUCCCAACCAACGGUUCACCUUUACGUCAUGUUACCCAUGUCAGGCCACGCCCACCGCGGCGACACAGGACAGGACACAUUCCUCCUGAAUCUCAUUGCUCUGAGAAUGGAGGAGUCAGUAUGCUGGAGGAUGGACUGCCAGAUUUCUACAGCAAAAGAGUUCUACCUGACAGUCAGCUUUCAUCCCUCCAUCAGGCCCAAUCACUCAGGAGGAAGAAGAGGCGCAGUGUGCUGUCGAUUUUCUCUGGCUUCCGCAAAAAUCGCAACUCUACCUUCUCCAAUCAGGACUUGGAGGGAGCCUCAGAGAACGUCUACUCUAUGAUUCAGCACCCUAAAGAUACAGUGAGGCCAGAGAGCGCUGUUCCUGGAGCAAACGGGAGCAUGUCUUCACCUCGGCCAACUCAGGGCCAACCUGUUCAUGGGAUGAGGGCUGCCAGCCCCCCCUGCCCCAUCCAAAGACAGUCCACAGAUCUGGUCAGCAUGGUGUACAGCUGUAUCGGGGCGGAAAUCGAGGACUCUGACAGCAGCAGCACGUGUGACAUCAAAGAGAUGCAGCACAGCGCUGAUGGAUCAAACACCAUCUCAGAUGCCCCGACAGAUACUCAAAGUAACGGGCAUGUGGUGUCCUCCAAACACCAGACGGACAGACAGAUGGAGACGGGCAGGCAGGAGAGAAUUGUCCCACUGACUGAGUCACGGACCGAGGCGGGAGAGGACAUCCAAAGCAGCGGCGUUUGCAGCAUGGCCCCCUGUGGGCCAAGGCCAGAGCCUCCUCCGCACAGCAAACCAACUCAGGCUGUGAUAAGGCAGAGGCACCUGCAGGACAGUAUAGAAGAGACGGAAAGAUCAGAUGUAGAAGAAAAGAGCGAAAGACUGCAGGAAGAGAAGCAGAGAGGGCGGGGACCAGAGGGACAGCGUCCUCUUAUUCCCAAAAAGCCAAGCAUAGAGCUCCAGAGAGAAAAGGCCACUCCACAAAAGACCAAGACUUCACCAAAAACUCCUGCCAGUCCUGAAGAAGAACAAAAGAAUGAUCAGAAGAGUUUUCCACCUGCUCAGCCAGUUUCGGAAGACAAAGGGACAUGUGAGGCAUGGAGUCCUACAGCCUCUGUGACGCCUGGGUCCGAGGAUGCCGAUCCCACCAUCGUCAGCCACGAUGAGGAAGCAGAUCACAAUGGAUUCCAAAAAACAUCCCAUCACACCAGGAAGUCCAGCUCCUUUGACAUAGGCAUGGAAAGGGACAUUCCCUAUGAUCUCGAGAGGUCCUCAGAUCGCAGAUUCCCUGUGAACAAAACCACCUUUCCCCAGUACAGAAACAGAUCCCUGGACUGCUCUACUGGGACUGGGUGCCAGGAAGGCGGUAAGAGGGACGCUUUAUGACAUUACCUGAGCCCCGAGAAGACUCAGUUGGGAAGAGGAGACUGGAACAGAGAGAACUGGACUGAGACAAGCUUUUAAAACCACAUGAACUCAAAUGGAAAAAGGGUUUCAUCAGGAAAUUAUAUUUCAUUUCAUCAACUUCUGGCUAAAAGUGCAUGUUCUGUAUUGCUUCUUUUUAGCUGCUUGCACUUGUUAUGGUUUCUCAUGCACAAUGGGACGUUUCUUUAAAACACACGCAGUAGUUCUGUUCUCCAGUAUGUUCAAAGUUGUCUUAUUCAUAUGUGCAAAUUAUUUACUGUUAAAUGAUGUCUCUUCAGCCCCUCCCCCACCUUUUACUGACAAUCUGUGGAUACUAAAAGUGCGUUUGUACUGUAUUUAUAUAAAGAAGAUGUAGACAAAAUGCACUAACCAUUGUUGUAAAGCUAUUAGUUAACAAGCAGGAUUUAAUUUAUGAAAAUAGAAUAUUUGAUAACUGUUUGUGUGUAUGCUUUUUUUGGUGUAUGGUGAUGUUGAUUGAGAAACUUGUUACCAUGAACUUAGCUCUGUCAUCUGUUCAAGAGUAUUUAAAUCAGCCUGUGGGUGGUUUGAAUCUGAUUUUAAUGGCCUGGAAAUAAUUAUAUUUUCUAAAAAUGCUUCUAUGAAUCAGAAUUAAUAAAACUG